UGAAAUUGGGGUUUAUUCCGUAAUUGUUUAUGCCGUUACUGUGGUUUGGGAACGGUGCACUUACGCGGGUGUGAACGGUUCGCCAUAAUAGUGUUUAUUGGCACGGUUUUUGUUCGGUAUUAAUCCGCACCGGUCGACCGUUCUCUGCAGCGAUCAACAGUUUUCCGGCCGGCGAGACGCGGGCCAUUGCCUGGCAUUUAGCUGGAGUUUAGUUGUGUAGAGAAGCGUUUCCUGUGUAGUACUACAGUAAUCACCGGGUGUAGCCUGCUAGGACCUGCUGUCUUGUUAAGCUAAGCCAUAGCCAAUGUUAGGAAGCGGCGCAUGAGAGCCUUUGUACAUUCCAUUUACUCGAGUUCCAGGGUGCCAGAAGAAUCCACUUCGGGUGGAGAAGGAGAAGGGAAGAUCUUAGCGGUAAUUUCCCCCGUAGCAGAAAGCCGGCGGUUAGCCUUAGUGCGUCGCCAGUGACGCUUGCUGCUUAAGCCUAUACUUCAGCCGAAGUGGGGGAUAAAGCCACAAUGAGUUCGGACGGGACGUCCUUAGAGAGAGGGGGAGAAAUUGGUGGCAUAGAUAAAGUGAAUAUUAUGGGGCGUGCUUCACCGAAUACUGAUUGUGGUGAAGUGACCGCCAUGGAAUCGCAGAGCAUGACCCUGAUAAAGGGCAUUACCAGUGAGUAUACCGACGCGGUAUUAGGAAUGCAGAGUCUUAAUUUGGGGACUGCAAAGAAGCUUUUGGAGUUUUCCUCCGAGUCUGAAAAGCUCUAUAUGGCGACGACAGGAACCGAGGCAGUGGCGGCACCUCACACGCCUCCUGUUAAGGAAGUAGUAUCUAGUAUACAACUUCGGGAAUUUGAGGAAUUGGGGGUUGAUCAAAGUGCUUGCCUGAAUGAAUGUAAUAGCGAUUUAAAAAUAUUUAAAAGGUGGAAAGGAAAGCGUCUUAAGUUUUGGUCGAAAGAGCUAUACUUAAAGAGGAAGUCUGUCCGUCGCUUAAGACGUUUGUAUCAACGUGCUAAACGGGCUAACUCGGAGAAUUCAUCCCACUUAAGGGAUCAAUUUAAGAACGGGCUUAAUGAAUACAAGAAGAUGUUAAACAAGGCUAAAGAAGAAGCAUGGAAGAGAUCUGUUGGGUAUAACAGUCACGACUCCUGGAAACCGAAUGUGCCGGGAUCUCCAAAUGAGCUAGUGAUACAAAAAUAGAUAGGCUCCAGAUAUUGCAAAAUAGGUCCAUGACGUUAAUUUGAAAUGAAAAAAUAGGUGCACCAAUAAGUGGCAGGCUUACAAAAUUGCAAGAAAAGUUUUUAAGUUCUAUUAAGGCUUACGCCGUAAUAAAUAAACAUAUGUUUAGAAAUAAUGAAGUUUCUUGUGAAAUGGAAACAACGCGCGCUUAUUUGCGCUUCUCAUUUUUGCGGAAAAUUAAACACGAAGGUUGCUUAAAGGCAUUGCUGUGGUUUCACACGAAAAGAAAAUAGGGUCAUCAAAACGCUACAUAAUUUUUCAUGGAGCCCAAGCAGAAACUUGAGUGCGAAAUAAAAUAACCAAAUUUACUUUGAUUACAAGUAAAUCGAAUCGAAUCAACAAAAACAAACAUAAAUACAAAAUACCUUGUGUGCAUCAUAUACAAGUGUAUUAGAUUAGUGCGACAACAAUUACCCGCGCGUCACUUUCCGAGCCCUGGUGACAAACACAAACAGACGCACGUUCAAAUACAUUAUAACAAAACCCCAAAUACGUUAUAACAAAACACAACACCAAAAAAUAUGGAACCGCAGUAAAUUAAUAAAAUUUAAAUAAUAUUCAUAUGUAUAUAAAAUAAUAGUGGCACUGUCCGCUGUUCCUGUUGCCGUCAUCAGCCCACUGUCGUCUUGAUGCUACUGUCCGUCCCGGAAUUACCUGCAACUGUCACAGGUUUAUUGGACCCAGGGGACGCGACAGAAAAUGUACAGUGACAACGCAACGGCGUCUCGGCGGGCGAGGGAUUCUGCUUUGCCUUUACACCACCCAGGGCCCCACUCUUCAGCGGAAUGUAGGAGCUGCUGAAGAGCUGUAAACGUCGCUGUGCGAAGCCGAGCUGACUCACAACUUGCGCCCUAUAGCACCAUUAAGCCAGGACCACAGCGUGGGCAAGGCUCUGACGCCAGCGUACCUACUAAUUGUUGCCCGUUGCGGUCGCUGCCACUAGCACAGGUACCAACGGGCCCCAUACGUUUUUGCGAAAAAUAAAAACUUGGGUGCUGUCUCAAGCAGCAGUUUGACAACAGUGGUCCAAAAGCUACAUGCUGAGGCUUCAGGAGUGGAACAAGUACCAACAAUGCGACCUCCAGCCCAAGCAAUAACAAGGUGCUCAAGAUCACGUUCCGGCGCAGCAGUGGGUUCUGGAUCGCAUCUAGGCAACCGCAAGAGGACAAGACAGCAAGGGCAGCAUAGCAGACGUGGCAACUAAAGCGCUUUAUUCAUAAGCUCGCCGUGUUACCGAUGCAAGUUGAAAGAUGGUGAUUCUGUGAACGUGGGCGGUGUUAGGCCAAACGGCGUUUAAUAUAAUUUAAUUCUGGUUUGGAUCUGAAAUAAUGAAAUGAAAAAAUUAAUUAACAAAAUUAAUCAAAAAUUAUAUUCGUACGUACCUUGCUAAUUGUGUCCGUCUAAGUUCAAUUUCAUAUACAUACAUACAUAAUAUAUAUUACAGUUAUAUAAUACUAAAUAUAUCAUAACAUUAAGUCUUACUUAUACAUUUGGUAUAUUAAACAUAAAAGUAAGAACCACUAAACAUAAGAAGUUCGCUAAGUUUAGCCUCAGCCAUAUUACAAAUAUUAUAACAAUAAGUGAACCUCAUUUUAUUUUUUGUUCAUUGAUUUCUUUAGUAAUAUCAGAUACAAAAAUAUAUAGGCUCCAGAUACUGCACAAUAGGUGGAUGAGAUUAAUUUGAAAUGAAAAAAUAGAUGCAUGGAGGUUUUUAUUAUUUUCAUUGAAUGCUUAAUGAAAUAAUAAAUUGUGAAGAAAUAGUUGUGUUUAAAACCAAAAUUUAUGAAGACUUUACCACUUCAGUUACAUGAAAAAUGCUAUAUAAUUUAUUGUAUCAUAUUAUUCAUUAAAUUGUAAACUAGGCUUACGCCGUAAUAAAUAAAUAAAUCAUCAAAUCAUGUGUUUCGAAAAAAUAAAUUUACUUGUGAAAUGGAA